AUGUUACGCACACUCAUCCCUCGUGCAUCGCCUAAAGCCUUUUCAAAGCCAUGGACCUCAACCACCUCAUAUCAACAGCCCGCCUUCUAUCUCUACAGCAGUCGAAGAAGAGGUUACGCCACAGAAGCCCCUCAACAUGAUCUUGUCAUCAUAGGUGGCGGAGUAGCGGGAUACGUUGCGGCCAUAAAGGCAGGGCAAGAGGGCAUGAAGGUGGCGUGUAUAGAAAAGCGAGGAGCACUUGGAGGAACAUGCCUAAACGUCGGCUGCAUACCUUCAAAGUCACUCUUGAACAACUCCCACAUGUAUCACCAAAUCCUCCACGAUACAAAAAAACGGGGCAUUGAAGUCGGUGAUGUGAAGCUCAACCUAAAGCAGAUGAUGGCUGCAAAGAACACCUCUGUUGAUGGUUUGACGAAAGGAGUGGAAUUCCUAUUCAAGAAGAACAAAGUCGAUUAUAUUCCCGGAACAGGCGCGUUUGUAGGGCCAAAUGAAGUGAAGGUCAACAGAAUAGAUGGGCAAGAGCAGACACUACUGGCAAAGAACAUUAUAGUCGCCACUGGCAGCGAGUCUACGCCUUUUCCAGGCCUUACGAUAGAUGAAAAGAAGGUCGUCACAAGCACAGGCGCCAUUGCUCUUGAGGAAGUGCCCAAGAAGAUGGUCGUCAUUGGUGGAGGCAUCAUUGGUCUUGAAAUGGGGUCAGUCUGGUCGAGAUUAGGUUCGGAGGUCACCGUCGUGGAAUUUCUAGGUCAAAUAGGAGGACCGGGUAUGGAUGCAGAUAUCUCAAAGUCAACGAAAAAGAUUCUGGAAAAGCAAGGGAUGAAGUUCAAGCUCAACACAAAGGUCAUGGAGGGCGAUGAUAGUGGAGAGGGCGUCAAGCUCAAGGUCGAAGCCGCAAAGGGCGGCAAGCAAGAAACUCUCGAGGCAGACGUUGUUCUUGUGGCUAUAGGUCGUCGUCCUUACACCGCUGGCUUGGGGCUUGAAAAUGUUGGCUUGGACGUCGAUAACAAAGGUCGUCUGAUCAUUGACGAGCAAUACCGCACGAAGGUUCCUCACAUCCGCGUCAUCGGUGAUUGCACAUUCGGGCCAAUGUUAGCGCACAAGGCGGAAGAGGAGGCUGUUGCUUGUAUAGAAUACAUUUCGAAGGGCAGCGGGCACGUGAACUACGGAGCCAUCCCUUCCGUAAUGUAUACGCAUCCCGAGGUCGCAUGGGUCGGCCAAAAUGAAGCUGAGCUCAAGGAACAAGGCGUGAAAUAUAGAGUCGGUACGUUUCCUUUCAGUGCCAACAGCCGUGCGAAGACGAACUUGGAGACCGAUGGUAUGGUGAAGUUCAUCUCGGACGCAGAGACGGAUCGAAUAUUAGGAAUACAUAUCGUGGGACCGAAUGCAGGUGAAAUGAUUGCGGAAGGUGUGCUCGCUAUUGAGUAUGGUGCUAGCAGUGAAGAUGUUGCGAGGACAAGCCACGCACAUCCAACGCUGGCGGAAGCCUUCAAGGAGGCCGCUAUGGCCACAUACUCGAAGGCAAUACACUACUAG